CAUUUCAAGUCCGUUAGCCCCUCGAGCCUUCGCAGAGAGAGAGAGAGAGAGAAAGAGACCUGGUUAGGAAACAAUUUGAAUAAAUUAUCCACACACAGGCAUCCACACAGAGAGAGAGAGAGAGAGAGAGAGAGAGAGAGUUCAAUCGCAGAUGUAGAUUCUGAUGAAAAUCUGAGAGAAACGAUGUCGUUCUCGGUGGAGAAACCUGGAAGCCCUAGCCCCCCGCCGUCAGUGAAGAAGAGGACCCCAAGAUGGUCGGAGCUCUGGCUCAAGAACUCCAAGAAGCCCCUCAAGAACCAUGUGGUCUUCACCAUGCAGCUCCAGCCCCCCACCCCCACCCCCACCCCCACCACCAAGAAGUUCUCCCAAACCCCGACCCCCAAUUUGCCCAAAUCCGACCCCAUUACCCUCCUCCCUGAUCACCUCCUCCUCAACAUCCUCUCCAAACUCCCCGAUUCCCAGCGCAAUCCCAACUCCCUCGUCUGCAAGCGCUGGCUCAACCUCCAGGGUCGCCUCGUCCGCUCCUUGAGGCUCUUCGACUGGCAAUUUCUCCACUCGGGUCGCUUGCUUUUCCGCUUCCCCAAUCUCACCCACGUCGAUUUGGUUUCUGGGUGUUUCUUUUCGCCCCGGAAUUCGGGUAUUCUGCUGAGCCACAGGGUUGUUUCGGUGCAUAUCGGAUCCGGGUUUUCCAAGUCCUGGAAGGUGUGCGAGGAUAGCUUGUUGCCCGUGGAGGUUGUUGACAGAGGGCUAGAAGUGUUGGCGAGCGGUUGCCCCAAUCUGCGCAAGCUUGCGGUGAUUGGCGCUAGUGAGUUGGGGCUGUUGAGUGUGGCCGAUGAGUGCUUGACGCUCCAAGAAUUGGAGUUGCAGAAUUGUAACGACGACGUGUUGCGUGGCAUUGCGGCGUGUACGAAUUUGCAAGUGUUGAGGUUGGUUGGGAAUGUGGAUGGGUUUUAUAGUUCAGUGGUUUCGGAUAUUGGGUUGACGAUAUUGGCACAGGGGUGUAAGAGGUUGGUGAAGCUUGAGCUUUGUGGGUGUGAAGGGAGCUUUGAUGGGAUCAAGGCGAUUGGGCAGUGUUGCCUAAUGUUGGAGGAGUUGACCAUUCGUGAUCAUAGGAUGGAUGGUGGGUGGUUGGCGGGGCUCUCGUAUUGUGAGAAUUUGAAGACUUUAAGGUUUCAGUCCUGUCGAGAGAUCGAUCCGAGUCCGGGGCCGGACGAGUUUUUGGGUUGUUGCCCGGCACUUGAAAGGUUCCAUCUGCAGAAGUGUCAGUUGCGGGAUAAGAAAAGCGUGAGAGCGAUGUUUAUGGUGUGCGGUGCUGUGAGGGAGUUGGUUUUUCAGGACUGUUGGGGCUUGGAUAAUGACAUGUUCAGCUUGGCUGGUACUUGCAGGAGGGUAGAGUUCCUAUCUUUAGAAGGAUGCUCCUUGCUAACUACCGAAGGUCUGGCCUCUGUAAUUCUUUCUUGGAAGGAGCUUCAAAGUCUUAGAGUUGUAUCCUGUAAGAAUAUAAAGGAUAGUGAAAUAUCUCCUUCACUCUCAACCUUGUUUUCUGUUUUUAAAGAGUUGAAGUGGAGACCAAAUACAAAGUCUCUUCUUCCAUCGAGUCUUGUGGGGACUGGCAUGGGGAAGAAAGGCAGUAAAUUUUUCAAGAGGAUGUGAGACAUGAAGUUGAUAACCAGAAUCUGCAGCUUGAUCUUAUACAGAAGAGACUUCUUGUUCUCCACACUGUACCAAUAUUCUGUAAUCAUUUUGUUAAUUUAGAUGGUUAAAAUAGAUGUAGAUGUUGACAAAGGAAGAUUGUAAACAUCGUACCUUUUGCUGACCAACUUUCGCCCUCUUAUUGUGCAUGUUGGGUGCCUGCCCUGCUCACCGAAACUUUGAUUUGCCAAGCGCAAAUUGUCUAGUUCAUCGUUUGAUACUACUGUUCAGCCUAUAAUGCUUGAAUAAUCUUGUAACGUUAUCAAA